AAUCUAAUUUCAAUGGGGGUUUUCAUUAUUACUUUUCCAACAUCUCGUUCAUCUAUUAUGAUAACCUUUGUUCCAUAAUGCAGAAACACAUUAGUGAAAAUGUCAGUUGAUUUUAAUUUGAAAACUAUUCGCCGGAACGCGUUUGUUCGAUGCGGUUCAAUGAUGAACAUUGGAAACGGCGUUUAACAGAAACAAGCACACCUUGUCUUAUGGUUAUACCGGUUAUUGUGAUGCGAGGUUUUGAUUAAACUUUACGGGUAAAAAAAAAAAAAAAUCUUCCUAUUUAUCUCUGGGCCUCACAUCUGUUCCCGGAAUACAUUUUACAAUCUUAAAUCGGAAGCUGAUGAUGUCAGCUGUUCACUCAGAUGGCCCAAUUUUCGUUCUCUCAGACCGAUGCUUGAAGAACCGGAGUGUGCUGUAAAUCCGUCAUCAGUGCCAAGAACCGGGCCAGAGCUUUAGGAAUUAAGAAGGUACUCAACAUGUAUUUAUUUCUACUUCGUCAGGUAUUUUGUAGCAGUGUCUGUUUUUGCCCGGGGUGGUACUGGAUAUAACUGAAUAGUUUGCCACGAGGUGUUUAUCUGAAGCUGUUAGGAGUAAGUGUUGUUUUCAGUCAACAGUAGGCACAUGGAAAGUGUUGCAACAUCUCUGUCCUCUGAGUUUAAUGGUUUUACUGGGAGCUGUAAACCCUGCUGAUGUUUUGCAGCCUGUUUGCAUUGCCAGCGUGUGUGUGUGUGUGUGUGUGUGUGUGUGUGUGUGCGCCUGUUUCAACGAUGGACACCGCCCAAGUGACCUUGGCUGUCAGGGGAGAAACCUCUCCAGGUGAGGUGAUCGCUGUUGUUGGCAGCUGUGAGGCUCUGGGAAACUGGAGCUGUCAGAAAGCGGUGAUUCUACAUCCUCUAGGCGAUGAGGGGCACAAAUGGACAGCAACGAUCUCUGUACCCAGAGGGGUUGUUUCCAAGUAUCGCUAUUUUAAGGGCUUCUUCCUGGAGUCAAAGAGUGCAGGUGGCCCAUGUCAGGUGAUAGUCAAUUUGUGGGAGACCCAUCAUCAGCCCCGCACGAUGAGCCCCACAGCAGCAGAAGAGGAUCUUGACGAUGGAGAAUUUGGACUUCACAAUGGGGUGAAAUGUGUUGACUCAGGGUGGCUGACAUGCCAGGCAGACAUUCGCCUGCGCUUGCACUAUUCCAAGAGGCCUCCGGUGUCAAUCACCAAGAAGAAAUUCAAGAAGUCACGCUUUAGGAUUAAACUUACAUUAGUGGGUGUUGAAGAGGAGGAGGAAGAGGAACACAACCCUUCCUCCUGGCACAAGAUAACCACCACUCUGGAAAUUAGUUUGAUCACUGUCAAUGGCUACAAGUCGCGACACUCUCAGCCGGAGUGUGGCUACGCCCUGGAGCCCUCCAAGUGGACUGAGUACAGCAUCCACACAAUGGACCCUGACAACCUAGAGCUUACCUUUGAGUUUUUCGAGGAGGAUCUGAGUGAGCAUGUAGUCCAGGGAGACGUCCAUCCUGGACACGUUGGGACAGCCUGCCUCCUCUCUUCCUCGUUUCAGGAGAGCGGCAAAGAUACAGGAGUAGCUACUCUUCCCAUAAUGGGACGAAACUCCAGGCAGACAAUUGGAAAAGUCAGAGUGGAAUACCUGGUGAUCCGCCCCAUCCAGGGGCUGCAGUGUGACAUGAGCUCCUCGUACACAAAGUACUGGAGAAAAAGAAGUACUGUGGAUGUGGGUCACAGAGGAGCUGGAAGCACACAUGCUGCUAAACACCACAAAGUCAGAGAAAAUACAAUUGCUUCUUUCAAAAGUGCUGCCAAGCUUGGCGUAGCUUUUGUGGAGUUUGAUGUUCACCUCUCCAAGGAUAAUGUGCCUAUAGUAUAUCACGAUCUGACAUGCUGCAUCUCCACCAAGAAGAAAAAUGACCAGACUCUGGAACUCAUUGAGGUCCCAGUCAAAGACCUGACAUUUGAUCAGCUGCAGUUAUUGAAGGUGGCUCAUGUCGGUGCAAUGACAGGAAGUGAUCACAAAGAUCUCCUUGAUGAUGAGGAUGAAAUCGAUGAACACCAGCCAUUCCCCUCGCUAUCGCAGAUAUUCCAAGCUGUUCCUGAAAAUGUUGGUUUUAACAUCGAACUGAAAUGGAUCAGCCAAAUGAAAGACGGAACGUGGGAUGGGAACUUGUCCUCGUAUUUCGACAUGAAUACCUUCCUGGAUAUUAUUCUUAACUGCGUUCUGCAGAAAGCUGGAAAAAGGCGCAUCAUCUUCUCAUGUUUCGACCCAGAUAUUUGCACAAUGGUGCGACUGAAGCAGAACAAGUACCCCAUCCUUUUCCUGACUCAGGGAGUUUCAGAAAAAUAUCCCGAGCUGAUGGACAUUCGCUGUCAAACCACACAAAUCGCCAUCAGCUUCGCUCAAAGCGAGAAUAUUCUGGGAAUCAGCGCCCACACCGAGGAGCUGCUGAAGCACCUUAACUACAUCAGGGAGGCUCAGUCUAAAGGCCUGGUGGUGUUUAGCUGGGGAGAUGACAACAACGAGCAUGAAAACAGAAUAAAGCUGAGAGAGCAGGGAAUUGAUGGGCUCAUUUAUGACAGUAUCUGUGACGCUCAAGGAGAGCAGUCAAACAUCUUCCAGGUAGAAGAGCAACAUUCCCUGCAAGAGGUCAUUACAGAGGAAACCCUAAAGAGCUCUACCUGCUCCUGCUACUCCAUUCCCUGCUCCCCAGUAACAUGUGUCGCCCCCAAGAUCCACCGUGGAAGUGCAGAGUCUGAUUCCGGGCUCAGCUCUUCAUAGAAACCCAACUACAUUGAUAUUUCAUUACAUUGUUUUGCACAUGUAAACUGAAACUGACCAAAAUAGGAUUGGUUAAUAAUUGACCUUUAGUCUGCUUUCUUCUGUCCUCAGAUAUUCUGUUGCCACUUAAAAAGUUAGAAAUGUAGCCAAAAAACCUCAACAGACCAUGCAGGUGUACGCAUUUGUCUCACACAGGCUAGGUCAUACAUCUGAACAGAAACUGUUCAAAUGUGAAGUCACAUAUAGCUGUGCUUAUUUUUAAAGCCAAUAUGAUGGAUCCAAGUAAAAUUUUAACUAGAUGUGACCGUGCAACAACUAGGAAAAAUAUCAUUGUUUCAUGUUGAAAGAUGUUUUGCUUAUAUCUACAUGCAUACAAUCAUCACCACUACGUUGCUUAAUGUUAUCUGAGACAACAUGACACGGGUUUUAAAUCAGUGGAUUAUUGGGUCAAAUUUGCGUUCUGCAAGCUGCACAAUGUGCAAUUAGCUGCCGCUGCUCUUUGCCAUUAAUUAUUAUGCUUUUUUUUUUCUAGUGGAGCAACUUGAUGCACUUUUAAAACCAUGGUGGGAAUGAUUAACUUCCUCUUCAUUAAGUGUAAUUGAAAGUACUUUUUCCAUAUUUUAAUGCCUUCAGACUUUUUAGUGACUUUAGUUAUAGUUGGCUAUUAUUCUACAUUGCAUAUUGUAUGUACUGCAUAAUUGAACUUCACAUAUACUUGAUUUGAGGAAAAGCAGAAGAAUGUUGUUUUUGCCAUAGUGCACAUGUAAACCACAGCGUUAGGGGAUUUAUUUUUCAUAUUUUUAUUUGUUUCUGGUUUUUAGUUUCAAUAUGAGCCAUCUGUCACUCUCAGCAGAAAUGGACUUAUGUAGAAUUCCCACCUCCUGGUGAAUCCAUUUCACUUCAGAACCAACAAUGUCUGGUCCAGAUUACACAUCUUCAUUUGUAAAAUGUACAGUCUGAUCAACAAUGUGAUUAAUGCAUGCUUGCCUUUAAUGUAUACGUAGAUGCAUAUGGAUGGAUGAAUAACUGAACCGUAUGUAUAAUAUGUGGAAUGUAAAUAAACUCAUAUAUUUGCUCAUUUCUA